UUGAUUACAUCAAGAAGGUAUAAACUAUACAUAUCUCUGUUUAUACAGAAAUUUGCGUAAUGCGUUAUAAUAAUUACAUUACAUUAUAUUAAAUGAUUGUUGAUCUAAGUGAAAGGUUUCAUGCUAGCCAAAUCUGUUUACGCAUUUUAGCUCCGCCUGGAUACGUUAUCAAACGGUUGUAACUGUAACAUCCGGAAUUGUACGUUGUUCUUAAAUAAUUUAAGUGAACACAUAUUUAAGUAUGAUGAGAAAGGUUACAAGAUUGUUUUAUGGAAAAAAACAACAUUACUACAUACUACAUAAGUCAGCAAUAUGCCAAGAGUAUGCGUUUAAGAUAUGGCAAUUAAAAUGUGAUUUACUGUUUGUAAUUCAAAUUUGUAGACAAAAGAGGCUGUCAGGUUCUCGAAUGUUUGUUCUGUCAUGGACAUGUGCAGGACAGACCGAUCUAACUUAUGAUCAAAACGGGGGCUGCCUAAAUACGUUCAACAAGAUGUUUGGAAGUAUCUCAAAAGAGUUCCGAUGUUCAGAAAGGAAUUGCUCCUAUCCGUUUUCCGUUUGUCAGGCGAUACUGCCACGUUAGAAACUGGAUACGUGGCCUCACAACUUCAUAUCAAUAUAUCACAACCAAUAAAUUACAACCCAAACCAUUGUGAGUGCAAAACUUGGGUAGCUGAAUUAUCGUCCGUGUUCUACGGUUCAUUUGCGUUUUGUCUUCAAAUUAAGGACAAGGCAAGUGGAUUUGUACUGGAUGAAAUAUGCCCGAAGGCAGGUUUCACAGGCUCCGAGGCCUCGACAGCAAUUGCUAAUAGGUCCAACCCUUAAAGAUACGAGCAUUACAAAAUUGAUUGGAUUAUAUGUUUUUCCAUCGCAACUUUUGUCCAACAAAUGUAGCAGCUACCUGUCAUACAAGCCGGCAUCUACACUUUUUCCUGGAGAAGUGCGAACGCUCUGUUUAAAAGUUUCAAUUGAAGGAAAACAAGGAGAGGAAAGAUGUUUUCGUUUAAAGAUUGUUGCAAAUAAGACUAUUGAACUCGAAGGACCAUGCAAAGAGAUUGCGUGCUACAGGAACUCUCUCUGCAUAGCAAACUUAGGAAACAACACUGCUGAUUGCAGAUGCCAGGAUGUUUACACGGGUACCGAUUGUAAUAUAAAUGUAGAUGAGUGCAAGUCCAACCCGUGUUCAAACGGAGGAACCUGUAAAGACAUGAUUAACAAAUACCAAUGUCAAUGUGCUAACGGGUAUUUCGGCAGCCACUGUCAAAUAGACAUCAAUUGCAACUUUGAAAAGAUCACGUUUUGCGGGUGGAGGAAUGCUCAAAGAAGGGACAAUUUUGAUUGGAUACUUUAUCGUGGGCCAACACCCUCUGACGGAACAGGUUCAAGUGUUGACCACACGCUUAGAAACUCCAGCGGUAAUAUCCUUAAUGAGAUAGACGAGUGUGUAUCCCAGCCAUGUCAGCAUGGCGGUCAAUGCGUGGACAGUUUAAAUCACUACACGUAUAUGUGCUUAGACGGAUUUGACGGGGAGCACUGUCAAAAUGUUCUAAAUCCGUGUUACGACACCCCGUGCAUAAGAGGGACCUGUUUUUCACAUUUGUCAUUGUCUGUGUGUGUUUGCCCACCUGGUUAUUCGGGAAAAUUCUGCGAAAAAGGUCAAGGCGGCGCGUUUGAUUCACAUCCUUGUCAUUACGGUGAUACAUGCACACAGAACGCAACCACGUUUAUGUGUACUUGCCCUCUCGGGUUUGAAGGAAGUCUAUGUCAAAAAGAUAUUGAUGAGUGUUCAAGUAAUCCGUUUCGUAGCAAUGGGAUAUGUCACGACGAGACAGGAGUCUUCAGAUGUGAAUGCCCACAUGGUUAUUCGGGACUCGAUUGUUCAAAUGGACACGAAAGAAAGUGUUUUUCUUGCCAAAGACUUGGGAGGAAUAUCACUUGUAAUCGUGCAACAACUUGUAAACCAGAUGAGGUGUGUUACGUAGAAUCGAGUUCAACGUCAAUCGGCGCGCACAGUUUCAGCGUUGGUUGUCGACGCAAAGCGGAAUGCAUUAAUUCAACCAUUUAUAACUGCACAUACUGCUGCGACAAGGACUAUUGUAAUGACGGAGGAUGAGGUCUGUCAGAUAGGAUACCCAUCUAGACAUCAAAGAGGACCGAUAUGUUUCGAUUGCGACGACAUGGCAGACAUGCCUUUCUGUACACAGGUGACAGCGUGUGCUCAUAAUCAGUCCGGAUUCACGGGUGGAAAUGAGUUCUGCCAAUCUUGU